AAUCUGGCUCACUAACCGAGACGCCWGCGAGACAAACAAGACACCUUUAACAACAGCACUAAGAGUUUCGUCGAACUCUCCGCAAGUACAAGUAAUUUUCAAGGUACAAGCAGACGAAAGCAUGGAUACCAUAGCAACGAAUUCCCCGUCAAAGUACACUUGCUUUUCUUCACCAAGCAACUCCACGACUAGCACCUAUCAAAGCUUGAACGCUUUACCAAGGCCAAGGAAGGAAAUGUUCCAUCCUUCAACAUUACCUUUGUUGACUGGACAGCUACGAAACGGGARUCACGUCCACUGGCAUCGAAAACGUGGACGUCCGAGAAAAUAUUUGACACACCCUGGCCAUGAUGAAGUCAAAGCACACAGGAAUAGUCACCCUUUCCAGUCCUACAGGAAUGCCCAUCUUUAUUCCUGUCAAGUUCCCGUGAAAGAAUCAAGGAAAGGCAACCUCCAAGAUUUGAAAAACGCUAAUUUCAGAGAAGGUAGCAAUAAUUAUCUUCAAGAAUCCAAGAAUGGCAACUUUCAAGAAUGCAGGAAUGACCAUUUCCAGGAAUCCAGGAACGAUGGAGAAUCUAGGAAUGAUCGCCAAGAAACACGAAAUCACCAUUUUCAAGAAUCCARUAGUAACGAUAUGCAAAAACCCAGGGACAACAAGAGAUAUAAGAAAGAGGACCUUCAAGAAUUCAGAAAUUCAGAGUAUUUCGAAGAAUCCAUCAAAGGUCAUCUCCAUGUAAACAGGGAUAGAAGGCCUUAUUUKAAUAGAUUGGAUGAUGUACCUCCAAAUACUGGACAUCGUCGUCCACAUUGCAGUGCCUGUUUAAUAACAAAUCAAGUUAAACUUCCCUACUCCGAGAUCAUAGAUUUCUCUCCUCACCAAUCAUGGCCAUCAAUAGAAAUGAUGCGUGAUGACGUCAAUGGAUGUUUAGASUGUUACUAUGGUAACGCAGUCGGCUAUCCCCACAAAACUUGUUUUUUAGAAAACGGAAGGUGUCACAGCGAUGACACAUUAUCCAAUCAAAAUGGAGCUUUCCGAGUGCCCCAUCAUCCCAUCAAGGUUGCACCGCAUCUGCUCAAUAACGUCAUCAAUAACACCAAAUAUGGAAGUCACGUGAUAUCUGACAAUGAGGCACGAUCUUUAAUAAAUAARGGAGAAUCUGCCCCAGUGAUUAUCGAGUGCUUUAGUCUUUCUAACGAAAGAGGUCAUUUCAAAUCACCWCCACAAAGUCCACUUAGCUUUUCACCAAGAGUUUGUCCUGAUGAUGAGYCAUCGGAGAUGGACGAUGCCAAAUUAUGUGAUGAAAAUUUCACACGUCACCCAAAUAUUAAAAGAACAGGAUUGUAUGAAGAAGACCACAUUACAAAGAACCAACGCMGUUACUGUGUACAGCCAGCAUAUCGAGGCUUUCCAGCGSUGCCAAUUGUUGUUGACAUAUCGUCUGAUAAUUGCUUUAAGUCAACUCCCAUCACGAGUCCWCACAAACCAGAACAUACAUCGACUACGCAAACCAAAGAAGACAGAAAAAGAAAAAGCAACACAGACGUGUAUGAAAUCUACCAUUCUAAGUACUAUAAAAGAGCCGGRCACUUGGGGAACAUUGAAGGUGGAGAACAACACUUCGUAGCUCAAGACGAAACGAUAAUUGAAGUUGAAGAACURGCUGAAGAACAACAGAGGGACGGUUUAUCGGAAGAAAGAAGUGAAAAGGUCGCUGAAGAGCAAYAUAAAAACACCAACCAGAAACACCAUCACGUCAAAAACAAAGACGAGAAAAAAGUCCAACCAAAMAAUGAGAUCGACGAUAGAGAUUUCCCAAAAGAGCAAAAAGGGCAAAAUGCGUUGGAAGUUGACACAAAUKCUGAUCAACUUCAAAAAAAUGCAUGCUCCCCGAAAAGUCCACCCACCUCCAUUGAAGAAAGCCAAGAGAAAAACAUGGAGCAUUACAAUUACAAAGAAGSGUCGUUCCAAGAGCACUACCAAGUCAAUUCAAAGAAUUACGUUUGCGUUCACUGCAACCGCGAAUUUACACAUUUGUCAAGCUUGAACAAUCACGUGAGAACGCACACUGGUCAGAAGCCAUUCAAGUGCCAGUUCUGCGGCAAACGUUUCGCCCAGUCAGGAGUUUUGACAGCUCAUCUCAGAACCCAUACYGGUGAUCGCCCAUUCGAAUGCAUCAUUUGCAAAAAACGCUUUGCACAGACAACAACACUGGCCAAUCACAUCAGAACACACACGGGCCAAAAGCCGUUCAAUUGCAAGUUCUGCAAAAGGAAGUUUGCACAGUCUUCGACGCGUAACAAACACGAGUUGUCACACACUAAAGAGAAGCCAUACAUUUGUAAAUAUUGCGGUCGAUCGUUUGCACAGAGUGCUACCGUUACUAGACAUAUGCGGAUUCAUAUGAGGCAGGAAGCCUUYGUUUGUGUGUAUUGUGGAAAGGAGUUUCCUUAUCUUCAUGCUUUGGAUAAGCAUUUAGACACACAUGAUCGCGGGGACCCUCAGUAGGACAAGUAGAUAGGUUGCUAUAAAUGGACGGAUAGAAAUUAGAAAUAAUUAUUAGAUACAAAAGACUUCGUAAUGGGCUUCCUGUGGUCAAUUACAGGAGGGACCUGGACGAAAUGACAUGGCGAUGAAGAAAUAGACAAUAAAAAGAAUCCAAAAAAGGCUGCGAAAAGCUAUUCAAAUUGGCUGGUUAUUCCACAUGCAGCCCAACCAUUGUGAUUUUUCUGAAUGGCCUUAAAUCACACAAUUUAUAAGAACUUUAAAAAUGUAAACAUUAAAAACCCAACAAAAUAUAUAGCCGGACAAGAUAGCGAAAAAUUACGCACUGGAUUCGUUUUCAGAGGAUUGUAAUACCGUAGUGCUGUGGUUUUUCCGAUGCGGCUCCUUAUCUGGAUAUGUCUGAAUCCGCAAACGUCUCUGUGUAGAUAAUAAGCAUUCACAAAUAAUCGUUCAAUCCGGGACGCCUGCAGAAUAGCAAUUUGCGGACUCAAAACUAUCCGGAUACACGUGGGCGGGAGUAAGCACACCCGAUUUUCUACUUCAACUAAAUUCUCAAUAUYAUUGCCAAUGUUUUACAACAAUUUCUACUUCAAUACACACACGUUUAAAGAAGGUUGUUUGAGAGAAUCUGAAUGAAAAUUCAAUAUUAUCUUGUUAUAAUUCACGACGUGUUCCAUAUUGUUGAGGAUGACCCUUCGUUAGUAAAAAAAAAUUGUAUGCACCGUUAAAUGAAGACCUUCGUCAUGUUUGCUUUUUUCUGGGCAAUGUGCUGCAACGCUAUUUUGUGCAACAAGGCAUGAUGGGAAUUGCUGUCCGAGCCGAUGAGAGUUGCCAUUUUCAAAGAAUGUUAGCUUUUUUAUUGCAAAAAUAGAGGUAGUUGAGCCGUUUCUACAAAGAAAGCACAAACAAGGCUUGUAUAGGGAAAGUUUUUAAAGCGAGGAGUGUGAGUACUACAACUCCAAUCAUAUUUUGCUAUACGAAAUGACACUAGUCCCUUUUUGAAAAUCCGGAAAGGGUAUUUAACGUCAAGUCCUUUUUUGUUUAGGAGUUAAAAGAACAAAACCACUAAUAGAUCUUUGUCUGAGCUCGGCCCUCGGCCCUWGUCUGGGCUCAGCCUUUGUCAAUAUUGAAUACCUAUAGUUCUGUUCGRACGUACUUUCUCAAAACAACCUUAUACUAUGCAAAAAUACAACUUAUUUAAAAAACGUUUGUCACAUUUGUAUUAAAAUUGAAAAAUAAAAUUGGAAGUCACUCUC